CAGAGCUGGAUCUUGCUGUGAUUCCCAGCAAUGACGCUGUGAAAUCUAUGCUCUGAUCCUCUGCUGGGUUGGGCCUGGUGUAGGAUCAGCAAGCCAUUGAUUCCAUUGGGGAUUGAUGGAAAAUGUAAACAUUGCUUUGAGGAAAAUUGCAGUCCUGCUGAAAGCAGACAAAGACAUUACUCACAAGGGAGACCACAUGGUCAUUAAAACCAUCAGCAGCCUCCGUAAUUAUGUCAUGGAAUUCGAUAUUGGCAAGGAGUUUCCUGAGGACUUAUCUGGAAUUGACGAUCGCAAAUGUAUGACUACGGUGAAUUGGGAUGGAGAUAGACUUGUGUGUGUACAAAAAGGAGAGAAACAAGGCCGCGGUUGGACUCACUGGAUAGAGGGUGAUGAGCUACACCUGGAGCUACGGGUUGAAGAUGUCAAAAGUAAACAAGUCUUUAAGAAAGUGGAAUGAAGAACAUGACCAGAGGCAAAGUAAAAGGAGAGAUGUUGACUAAAGCGAGAGACAGCCUCAACAGCUUCUAAAUUCUGAAGGCUAAAUCCAUUGAUGAUAUCAGUGGAAACAAUAACAUGGUCACCUUUUCAAAUGUUACAAGAAAUGAGACAUUGAGUACAAAUCAUUUAAAUGAAUUUUUUUAUUAGUAGUGACUGUUACUGUUGUAUUUCUCUGUGAUGGAUGACUUAUCACCUCAUAUAUUUUGAAUCUAAUUUUGUCUUUCUAUAACUAAUGGUUCACCAACCAGCAUUCAGCUCAAUAUGUUUGUACUUGCAGCUCUCUUUCUGUGCUGUGGGUUCCUUUGUUACUUUCUUUUAUCUUCUUUUCUGGAUUUGUAUCACUUUUUUCUAUCCUUCCUUUACAUCUUUCUUUCAAUACUUCUUCCUACACCUCAGUAGGGUUUUCCUCACUCCCCUCCAGUAAAUGUAGGUCAGGGAAUCAUUUAUUAGAAUUGCGUUAUUGGGAAACAUGAUCUUCACUCCCAUGUGCCAACGUGGUGCACUUUAUCCUUAGAGCUGCACUUUCCCCUGUUUUUAUGACUUUAACCUUACAAGGUAAAUGCUUUGUAAUUAAGUAUGUUAUUGGUCGGCAUAUUUCAAUAGCGUUAGUUCAGCACUUCAGUGUUGAACUUAUUGAAUGCUGUUACAGUUCAUUUCAAUGAAGCUUUGUUCAGAAUUAUUAUUAGUUGUUUAUGGACAACUAAUAAAUGGGAUAGUACCUUGAUCCAUUUGAUUUCAAGUGAAUUGGAAAAUUUCAUCCUUAUAUAAAUAGCUCUUCCGAGUCCUUCAUUAUAUUUGCCUUUUGUGAUCACUGUUGAAAAUGCUUCAUGCCACUCAUGCUUAUAAUCCACCACAAAACAUUAUGUUAAUUGUGCUCUCGGAGGGAAAAGCAAGGUUAUUGUAUUGUAUUAUGCACAUCUAUGGAAGGAACUGAGGGUAGAACAAAAUGUCACCAGCAUUGCAGGAAAGAUGUUGGUAACAAACUUUCAAUGUGAUACAUGCUUUAGUCUUUUCAAAUGAACAUUCUAAAUUGUUGCAUUCCAGUAGAAGUAAAUCCAGGGCAGAAACAAUACCUGGCCUUCAUUUUGUCAAAGUCAAGGUCGAGUUUAUUGUCAUUUGCACAAGUACAUGUAUGCACAAGUGUCAUGAAAAUCUUACUUGCAGCAACAUCACAUCAUGUCAACCCAAGAAAGAAUUAAUAGUUGUUUGGAAUUGUUUGCUUUCCAAGAUUGCUGGUAAACCUGAAACAACACUGUGAAAAUGUUCAGUAAUGCAUUGAAGCAAAUUGAAGUCUACUGGUAGAAGAUUAAAUCUGAAUGAAACUAUCUUGCAGUAGCACUAAAAUCCAGAUUGAACCUUUUGAAUGGAAUGCAUUUUUUUGUACUGCAGGGGCCCAACU